AAAUGUUUUUGCAGUGUGCACAUCCAUCAGCCUGCCCAGAUGGUGAGACCUUGGCAGAAAUGGACGAGGAUAAAAAACAGGCAGAUAAUUGGGUAGAUAUCGAAGAAGCUCAGCACUGUACACAACCCACGACCUGUCCAGAUGGCGAGGCCUUGGUUGAUGAGAUGGAUAAACAACAUCAAAUGCUUGGAGCACAAACGGUCAGAGGACCAGGGAACGCCGACGAAGCAGCUUUAAAAACCAAUAACAAGUCCAUCAUGGGAUCUGUCGGUCCAGAGGAAGCAGGACAAACAAACCUGGACAAAGUUCCUGGCCUCAGUAAAGUUGUCAGAUUCCAGCUGCCUCCGGAGACAAUUCGAGCUUCUGACGUUGAUGAUUUACAGGCCCCAUUUUUUGAAAUCGAUGGCCUUGGAGAAUGCUGUGUUAGUACUUUUACGAAUACUUAUCACUCUGAGAAUUGGAUUGGCAUCACAGAUGACUGGCUGCUUCAGAAACAAAUCCUGAAAGAAGGACAGGGACAAGCUACCAGACCUGAUGUAGGUCAAGAGGUCACAAUAAAACUGCUUGGAGUCCUGGAAGAUGGGACCAUUAUAGACAAGGACCCAAAGCUUACCUUUGUCAUUGGUGACGGUGAUGUCAUACAGGCACUUGAAUUCUGCACAUUUUCAAUGCAAUUGGAUGAAGUUGCUCUUGUAAUCUCUGACGGACAAUAUGCCUAUGGUCACACUGGGAGGGUGCCUGAUGUCCCCGCAGAUGCAACAUUAAUAUACGAGGUCCAGCUUCUCAAUGUCAGAAAUGCUCCUGACCUGAAAACACUGUCGGUUUCGGACUGCAUUCGGAUCUGUAAACAGAAACGGGAGCGUGGAAAUUACCACUUCCAGAGGGAAGACUACCACAGCGCUGUGAAAUCAUACAACCUGGCACUGGAUGUCCUGAACAUUUCCUCAGAAUUUAAUCCCAGCACUCAGGAAGCAGAAGAAUUGCAGGAAGAUGGGCUGAAGUGUCUAAACAAUUUGGCAGCUGCCCAGCUGAAGUUGAACCUCCGAGAUGAGGUGAUUGCUUCCAGUAACGCUGUCCUGCAGCUGGACCCCAAUAAUGUGAAAGCUUUGUUCAGGAAAGGAAAAUUGUUAUCUGAACGGGGUGACUAUGAGGAAGCUAUGGAGACACUCAAGAGAGCACUGAAACUUGAACCAAGCACAAAGAUUCAGCAAAUUACAUCCCAUGUAAAGCAGAAUGGUACAGAUGCAAAGCUAUCUGAAACAAACUAG